AUGUGUCCCAGUUGUGAGGCGGACUUCUGGGGACCUCACUGCACAAACCGUUGCCAGUGUCAGAACGGCGGGCGCUGUAACCCCAUCACGGGCGCCUGCAUGUGUACCGAGGGCUACCAGGGGUGGCGCUGUGAGGAGCAGUGUGAGCACGGAUACUACGGCAAAGGCUGCCAGCUCAUCUGCCAGUGCCUGAACGCCGCCACCUGCAACCACGAGACCGGCGAGUGUCUGUGUACGCCCGGAUACACGGGGGCUUUCUGUGGAGAGCGCUGCCCCUCUGGGAGUCACGGCCCUCAGUGUGAGCGCCGCUGCCCCUGUCAGAACGGAGGGACCUGCCACCACAUCACCGGAGACUGCUCCUGUCCCGCCGGCUGGACGGGUUCCGUCUGUGCCCAGCCGUGUCCCAUCGGCAAAUACGGCAUUAACUGCAGCAAGGACUGUUCGUGCCGUAACGGAGGCGUGUGCGACCACGUGAGCGGCCAGUGCCAGUGCGCCGCGGGCUUCAGCGGACGCAGGUGUCAGGAGGACUGUCCCGUGGGCACCUAUGGCCCGCAGUGCAACCACAGGUGUCAGUGUCAGAACGGAGCCAAGUGCCACCACAUCACCGGGGCCUGCAUGUGCGAGACGGGCUUUAAAGGCCCUAACUGUCAGGAGCGCUUCUGUCCGAGCGGUUUGUACGGCCUCAUCUGCGACAAGUACUGCCCCUGUAACAGCAGCAACAGCCUGAGCUGCCACCCUCUGUCUGGAGAGUGUACCUGUGCGUCUGGAUGGACCGGCCUCUUCUGUAACGAGAGCUGCCCCCCAGGGUCCUAUGGAGAGAUCUGUUCCGAGUCCUGCAGCUGCGCCAACGGAGCCGACUGCCACCCGGUGAGCGGGGCCUGCGUCUGUGCCCCCGGGUUCAUGGUCCAACGAGGACAGUCCAAGGUGUGGUACCAUCUUUCACACUGCUUCAAAUGCCCCGUGGACCCAACGGAGAGGACUCUGACGCAAGUUAAAGCAGACAUUGCUGCAGCUGUUGGUCCAGAUUCAACCCCUUACUCAUCGGCUGAUGGUGAAGAUCUCUCUACGCAACCCAGCUCCGGGGCUCCGGAGGGGGAAAGAGAGGGAAAUGGGGAAGUAUAG